CUGAGUCACGGAUCUGUCACGCUCCUCACCUCUCUCCAGCCCUCCGGGGUCUAAAGUAAAAGCGAAAGCGAAUGCGACUCGCGGGGCGGCUAGUCCCGAGAGCUGUGCCCGUCGCCUCCUCCCGGACCCUUGGGCACCUGGAGGUGCCGGCGAGGGCGCAGGCGAGGGCAAGGCCAUGGCCCGCCAGCCGCUCCGGGACUGCUGGGCCAGCGAACUCCCGGUGCUGCUGCUGCUCCUGCUGCUCCGGCCGCCGCAGACGCCGGGUACCACAUGCGCUACUCCAACAUCAAUUGAACACGCAAACAUCCAAGUCAAGAGUUAUAAUGAGAACUCCAGGGAGCGUUAUAUUUGUAACUCUGGUUUCAAGCGUAAAGCUGGUACGUCCAGCCUAACUAAGUGCCUGCGUAACGAGGACACAAAUAUUACCCAGUGGACAAUUCCCACUCUCAUAUGCAUCAGAGACCCCUCCCUGACUCACCAAAGGCCAUCCUCCACAGUAGCACCAGCAGGGGUGACCCCAGAGCCAGAGAGUCCCUCCCCUUCUGGAAAAGAACCAGCUCUCAUUUCCAAGCCAGACACCAUAGUGGCCACAAAGCCAGCCAUGGUUCCGGGCUCCAGGCUGAUGCCAUCCAAACCUCCUGCAGGAACCACAGGGGUAGUCAGGAAUGAGCCCUCCCAAACCCCACCUCAGACAACUGCAAAGGCCUUGGAACACACUCCCUCCACCUCCCUCGAGAAGCCAGGUUGGCACUGGCUUUCACACUUUACGAGAGGUGCACAUUCAUCCAAUUCCACAGCUGUCACUGUGGCAACAAUCUCCAUAUCUGUCACUGUGCUUUGUGGAGCAUGUGUGGUAUUACUUCUGGUACGUUAUUGUAAAAAAUCAAGGCAAACUUCCCAGACACCCAGUGAUCAAAUGGAAAAUACGGAAGAUAUCCCAAUGACUGGGGGAACCAAUGGCAGAGAAGAGGAUACAGAAAACUACCACACAGUCUAGGAAACUCCAAGGGAAAACCAGGCCAGCAAGGGCUACAGCAAAGGCACCAACUCUGCUCUGGCCAGAGGGGACCUAGAAAAGACUCAAGGAGUUGGGCGCCAGGGAGAAGCCACCAAGAUGUGCCCUCCCUCAGCACUGUCUGUAUGAGUAGGUUCUCCAGGCUUAGGAUGGAAGCUUGAUGCCUGCCCUGCCUCAGAUAUGGGACCAAGUUCCCAAAGUCCCAGCCAUUGAAGGCCUCAGGUCUUCCUAUCAGGGCUUUUAUUUCAUUAUGAUAUUUACUCAGGAUAACUUACCAGCUUGACUCUCUUCCAUCCCUCCUCCUGACUGGCAGUUUACAAAGAAAAGAAAUAUAUCUGAGGCUCUAAGUGAAUUUAGCAGGCUCCUCCUGGCUUAAGAGGUAUCUAUAAGGAUGACAUUAGCAUUUCAGCUCCUAAAAUUCUCUCCAGUUAGCUGCUCUGCUUGCACUGAAAGGGAGCAAAGAGAUAUUGUACCCAGUGAAUUCUCUUAAUUUAAGGAUUCAGAAAGAAAACUGAACUCAGUGACAUUUUCCAUAUAUGUACAUUUAUAUUUAUACUUCGUUUAUUAUCCUAUAUAAUAAAAGCUCAGCAACAGAAUGGCAGAACGACCAGUUGACCAGUCGCUAUAAUGUGCACUGACCACCGGGGGCAGACGCUCAGCAGGAGCUGCCCUGUGGUGGUCAGUGCGCUACCACAGUGGGAGCGCUGCUAGGCUGACCAGGAUGAGCGGCUGAUCCCGCUGCGAACUCUGGGCCAAUGGGCAGGAACCCGGGCUGCGAUUGUCGUCUCCUCACCUCAGGCUUCUCUUCCUUGCUCCCUGCCACCUCCUCCGGACACCUGCAGGCUGCACAGUGCCUCCACCACCCCCACUACCGCCGGGCUGGCAGAGCUGGACCCGGAGGCUGGGAGGCGGGUUCGUGGCUGCCGCGGAACUAAGGCCUACUCCACCGCCUCUCAGUGCGAUUGUCCCUGGGCCUGGCCCCGACCGGGUCCCCUGGAGAGGCGAGUGCUCUGGCUCCACAAAAGAUGCCAGACCAGAGAGCAGCUGCUCAGAGGGUGGGUCCACAGCCACUCGGCUGACUGGGAUGAGUGGCGCUCCCAUAGUGAGCCAAUCCUCACAGGCCAUGCCCCCCACCAGUGCACGAAUCCCAUGCACCAGGCCUCUAGUAUCUACAUAUUAUGACUUGUAUUUUAAAAUUGUACCUUAUAUAAACAAAAUAAAAUGUCUAUUUUCA